AUGGGGGUACAUGACGUUGCCCUGGCUCCCGAUAACACCACCUUUACGGCGGUCGCACUCGAUGGCUCCAUGUACUUACUGGACGUUUUGGACGGCGUAAAGAUGCCUAGUGUUUCGCAUACUUUGGCACCUAAUUUUUGGUCAACUGCCUUCGGUGGCCGCAGCGAUUGGUUGUAUGGGGGCACCGGAGACGGAAAAGUACACAAGUACGGGUCGGAGCAAGGCGCGCUUUUGGAAACCUACGAUACAAGGAAGCCGAGCAACGUAAUGGGAUUGGAUGUGACGAAGGAUGAGUGUUUUGUGGCUACCGGUGACGAUAAUGGCAUCCUCACAAUUUUCGAUGCCGACACCAAAAAGAUCUCACUCCAGCUGGAUUUCAGGAAAACCAUACGGCGCCUUUGUUUUGAUCCUCUGGGUCGCCAUUUGCUGAUCGCCUGCGAAGACCACACCAUUAAGAUAGUCAAUAUGCCCCAUGGAGUGGUGGAGGCAACCACUCCGAAACAUGCUGCUGCCGUCGUUUCGGUGGACGCCUCUCCAGAUGGCAAGUAUUUUGUAAGCGGCAGCUCCGACGGCACCGUCAAGCUCUGGGAUGUGCGCUUCAACAGGUGCCAACAGACCUAUGGGUCAGAGGGAGCCUUAAAACUCUGGGAUGUUGCAUUCAAUCCAAGAAACGACAUGGUCGCCUGUGUUGGAAAAGAAAAGAAGUCCAUUCUCCAUUAUUGCAAUAUAGUCGAGUCCUAA